CUACAUUUUUAAAUUAUAGAGUGGCAAUUUCCAGGGCUUGAGAGGACACUUCGUAAGCAUUUGCUAUGAGUAUUUGUAUUGAUUGCAGACUUUUUUACUCUCAAAGCGACGAUUGAUGGAGUUGAAAUGGGAAAGCAGCAGAGUUCAUUUAAUGCCAACGGUUUCAUUUACAAAACGUGUGUAGAACUCGUAAUUAUCCACUAAUUGUGGACGAAAGAUGGGCAACGAGAAGCUGAGUCUGGAACUAAGGGGCGUAGGCUUCCCCGAAGACACCGACUAUCACAGUCGGACGAAAGGGCUGACCCACUAAGCCGUCCCGACGGUGUGCAGACUAACCCGACCCAUCCCGAAAACUGCCACCCACUGUCCCGGAACAGAGGAGUAAACAUGGCGCCCGCAAACUCUGAGGGCGUGAGCUGAAUGCCCCCAACAGGAAUGAGAGUGGGUGGAGCGCUUUCCCGGCACGCCUUCCGGCUUGGGGCAGGGCUUCCUAGAGUUUCAGCCUUUUCAUUGGUGGGAAUUGUGCGUGGGAGAGACCAAUCGCGGAGAAUCUUGGUAAGGGCCGUCGCCGUAGCAACACGCGGAGCUACCUGGGAGAGGCCUCUGGAGUCUGACCCACAGUCCUAGCUACCAAGCUUCCAAGAGCCAGAUGAUGGAGGAGCGUGCCAACCUGAUGCACAUGAUGAAACUCAGCAUCAAGGUCUUGCUCCAGUCUGCCCUGAGCCUGGGCCGCAGCCUGGAUGCCGACCAUGCCCCUUUGCAGCAGUUCUUUGUAGUGAUGGAGCACUGCCUCAAACAUGGGCUGAAAGUUAAGAAGAGUUUUAUUGGCCAAAAUAAAUCUUUCUUUGGUCCUUUGGAGCUGGUGGAGAAACUUUGUCCAGAAGCAUCAGAUAUAGCCACUAGUGUCAGAAAUCUGCCAGAAUUAAAGACAGCUGUGGGAAGGGGCAGAGCUUGGCUUUAUCUUGCCCUCAUGCAGAAGAAACUGGCAGAUUAUCUGAAAGUGCUUAUAGACAAUAAACAUCUCCUAAGUGAGUUCUAUGAGCCUGAGGCCUUGCUGAUGGAGGAAGAAGGGAUGGUCAUUGUUGGUCUGCUGGUGGGGCUCAACGUGCUUGAUGCGAAUCUCUGCUUAAAGGGAGAGGACUUGGACUCUCAGGUUGGAGUGAUCGAUUUUUCUCUCUACCUCAAGGAUGUGCAGGAUCUUGAUGGUGGCAAAGAAGAAGCAUAUAGGCCUGAAAACAUGGCUGCCUGUGGGGAGAGGCAUGAAAGAAUUACUGAUGUCCUUGAUCAAAAAAAUUACGUGGAAGAACUGAACCGGCACUUGAGCUGCACAGUCGGGGAUCUUCAAACCAAGAUAGAUGGCUUGGAAAAGACUAAUUCAAAGCUGCAAGAAGAGCUUGCAGCUGCAACAGACCGGAUUUGUUCACUUCAAGAAGAACAGCAACAAUUGAGAGAACAAAACGAAUUAAUUCGUGAGAGAAGCGAGAAGCGAGUAGAGAUAACAAAACAGGAUACAAAAGUUGAGCUGGAGACUUACAAGCAGACACGGCAAGGUCUGGACGAAAUGUACAGUGAUGUGUGGAAGCAGCUAAAGGAGGAGAAGAAGGCGCGCUUGGAACUAGAAAAAGAACUGGAGUUACAAAUUGGAAUGAAAACUGAAAUGGAAAUUGCAAUGAAACUACUAGAAAAGGACACCCACGAGAAGCAGGACACACUAGUUGCCCUGCGCCAGCAGCUGGAAGACGUCAAAGCGAUUAAUUUACAGAUGUUUCACAAAGUUCAGAAUGCAGAGAGCAGUUUACAACAGAAGAAUGAAGCCAUCACAUCUUUUGAAGAAAAAAAUAAUCAAGUUAUGUCCAGCAUGAAACAGAUGGAAGAAAGGUUACACCACGCAGAGCGGGCAAGGCAGGGCGCCGAGGAGCGGAGCCAGAAGCUGCAGCAGGAGCUGGGCGGGCGGACCAGCGCCCUGCAGCAGCAGCUCGCCCAGCUACACCAGCAGUGCUCAAGUCUAGAGAAAGAGUUGAAAUCAGAAAAAGAGCAAAGACAAGCUCUUCAGCGAGAAUUACUACAUGAGAAAGACACUUCCUCUCUCCUCCAAGCCGAGCUACAACAAGUAGAAGGAUUAAAAAAGGAGCUGCGGGAGCUCCAGGACGAGAAGGCAGAGUUACAGAAGGUUUGUGACGAGCAGGAACAAGCCCUCCAGGAAAUGGGUCUACACCUCAGCCAGUCAAAGCUGAAAAUGGAGGACAUCAAGGAAGUAAAUAAGGCACUGAAGGGCCACACCUGGUUGAAAGAUGAUGAAGCAACACACUGUAAGCAGUGUGAAAAGGAGUUCUCCAUUUCCCGGAGAAAGCACCACUGCCGAAACUGUGGCCACAUCUUCUGCAACACAUGUUCCAGUAAUGAGCUGGCCCUGCCCUCCUAUCCCAAGCCAGUGCGUGUGUGUGACAGCUGCCACACCCUGCUCCUUCAACGUUGCUCCUCCUCCACAGGCUCCUAAGGUGGGGGCAUCAGCAGGGCCUGCUUUCUGAACCAGUUGCAACGUUUUCAGCGGCGUAGGCAGCCCCACAACAGUGCCAAACUCUUUGGGUCUCCAGGUGGCUAGGGGCUUGGGAGGUUGGUUUCCCAAGAGAAUUAAAGGAUGAGCUCCUCACCUGGGCUGCCGACACUUGGGAACAAAGCACACGGGACUGGAAGCUGCACACCUCCCUUUCCAAAUUGUAUGGAAUCAGUUCCUCUGGAUUGAAACUUUUCUCACUCGCCAUCUCUGGCUUUGGUUCAAAUAGAACUUCAUGAUUUUGCUGUUGUCACCUUUCACUUUCCAAUUAACCUGUUUUUGCAGCAGUCCCACUAGUGAAGUAAUCAUAAUCAGUUCCUUCCUCUCCCCCAUCCCUAACCCACCCCCCCAGUGUGUCCUCUCAAAAGUCAAGAAAUCUGCCAUUUCCACACUCUUGUGAAUAUCCAUCAUUAGCCCUGCAAUAAAUUCAUUUAUUUUUCACUCUGGUGCAGAAAAAGAAA